AUGGCCUCGAGCACCGAAUCCAUCCGGCGCAGCCCUUUCACCGAUUCCAUCAUCACGUCGGGUAUGCACAAGUCCAUACCCAUCCUACCAUCUUCGUCCGCCUCGUCUUCGUUGACUCCGCCCGCACAACAAGGCGACCCUAUGGACGUCACGCCUUCGGGCCACCACACCAUGGGCCCGCCAUCGCAGAAUAGCCCGUCGGCCGACCGCGGCGCUGCAAACCAACAGUCGAGCGUCGAGUCCGAGCACAAGAGCAAUACCAACGCCAACGCCAACGCCGCCAACACCAACAACAACAACAACAACAACAACAACAACAACAACAACAACACUGCCACUAAUGGGAACAGUGGGCCUGGAAUUGGCGCGGCAGCUGCAGCGCAGCAGCCAAAGGUCGUGCAGACGGCUUUCAUUCACAAGCUUUACAACAUGUUGGAGGACCAAUCUAUCCAACAUUUGAUUUCUUGGUCGAGCACAAACGAGAGCUUUGUAAUGUCCCCCUCUAACGAAUUCUCAAAAGUCCUGUCUUCCUAUUUCAAGCACACAAAUAUUUCGUCGUUUGUAAGGCAACUCAACAUGUAUGGUUUCCAUAAAGUGAGCGAUGUGUUUCAUACUGGCUCACCAGACUCUCCUUUGUGGGAGUUUAAGCACGGCAACGGGAACUUUAAACGCGGAGACCUCGUUGGUCUGAGGGAAAUCAAGCGAAGAGCCUCGAGACACGCGCUCAUCCACCGCGACUCCUUCUCAACAGGCCCCAAGGUCAAUGCGCCUCCACCGGGUGCACCAGUAGAGCCAAUGCCGGAUCCAGUUGAGACACGUCUCAACAUCCUCGAGCACAGUCUUUAUGACGUUCAUAACCGGCUCGCGCGCACAGAAGACAGUAACGCAUAUGUAAAUCAAAAGUGUCAUGUCCUGUUGGAAAGUCUUAUGCGCUGUCACCAGUGGAAUUAUGAACUCUCCAAUUGCAUCAAGACCAUGGUACCCGACCCGGACCACCCGCUCCACAAAGAAGUACACACCAUGCAAAGUGACAUCGCCAGACAGUCAGACAUGUUGAGAACUAUGGAAGAGCAGCAAGAACCUAUGCCGGCGGCGCGGCCUCAGCCCUAUUUUUCGAACCUCCAAACCGACAGCAUGGCUCCUGCUUCUCCUCGCCAACUGGCACAAAACGAUUCACGGCGGCCGUCAUUGGCUGAUGCUGGCCGGCCGCCAUCCUACAGGGCUGUACCAUCGCACUUAUCGGUCGUCUCGCCGCGGCGUCCGUACGGCUCCAUUAGCCAAGGAGGCUAUUCGCCCUCAUCAAUUCGCCCACCUGUACAGACUCAAGCGCCUCCGCCGCCACCUCCUCAAAUACAACACCCACUUGCGACAGUUCAUUCGCCUCCGCAACCGCCUAACCUCUCAAGGCGGCACACCUCCGCCGACAUACGGUUGCACGGCUGGCAAGGCGCGCCUCAGGCACACUCGCCUUAUGCAUCCGGUCAAAACUCGACGCAGUGGCCCUCAUCCCCGCACCGAGCACCCCUUGGUGGCGACCAGGAGCUACGAAACGCCCUUGCCCAGUACGAGAUCAGUCGCGGCCCUCGCGCGGGUGGGUCUCGACAAGGCACGCCUCCUGGUGGUGAUCCGGGCCCGCACCUGAGCCCUGAUGCCGGCUGGACGCUUCCCGGUGCUCGGUUUCCUUUCCGUGGCAUUGACACAUCAGCUCCGCCGACGCGUCGUUCUAGCAUGGCGUCGAAUGUGCAUUCUUUGCUGAACCCGGCAGACACAGCGGAACGGGCGGAGGAGGACGAACAGCCAGAAAACCUGAAGAGAAAACGGCUGCUGUAG